AUGGCUCGUAUUCAUCAAUUCCUGGUGCUCAUCGGUGUGGAUCCCACGCGACUUCGUUUCCGUCAGCAUUUAUCCAACGAGAUGGCUCAUUAUGCCUGUGAUUGUUGGGACGCGGAGUGUCAGACCAGUUACGGUUGGAUCGAAUGUGUGGGCUGUGCGGAUCGCAGUUGUUACGAUCUGACACAGCAUGCCCGAGCGACGGGGACGCGGCUGGUGGCGGAGAAACAACUCUCGGAACCGGUAAAUUUGGCUUAUUUUUCUUUGAAAACAAACAAACAAAACAAUUGA